AUGAAUGCACCUUGUCUGGAUGGAACAAACAGCGUAUAAGUCGUUGUAAAAAUUAAGAAGAACACGUUUUGCAAAAACAAAUAACAUUCGUUUCAUCGAGAGAUAUUUCUAUUUUUAAUUCUGACAAAUUCAUGGAGGUACCAAUUUCGGAUGAACAGUAUUUAGUGUCGCAGGCGCAAAAGCUGAGAAGUACUGAUUGUGCUUCAGCCAAAGCAUGGCUGAUAACAGCAAAGACAUUAUAUCCAACUAACUUCAGUAUACUGUUCGAAGCCUACAAGCUGGAGAGAGACGCGAAUAACUUGGAAGAAGCAGCUAAAUGUUUCAGCAACAUAGCCUUAACCUUCCAGAACCAGAAUGUUGAGUUAUGGAAAGAAAUAAAUGAGUUGACGAACGCCCUCCGUGCGCCUGAAAAUGAAAUCACACCAGCACAGGAGUUUUAUGUGAAAAUGUUUCAGCAUGUAUCAUAUGAUGUGCAGCAUAAGAUUUUAUUGCUUACAGUUAAUAACACAGAAAACAGUAUUCAUCAAUGUAAACUAUUGCUGCUCAUAUUAAAGCGCUUUCCUCAAGCCGCCAUUACCCAUUCACCAAGAUUGCUCGAGAUGAUAGCGGACGGUAUGAAGCAAAAUCCUCAGAAAUACCAGGAAAUGCUUGUAGAAGAAGCAUUACCGCUAAUUUACCACAAGACCCCAGAGCUGCCUCCAGUACUCGUUUGCCGGUUAUUUACAAUAUCAUUGGAAUACUACAUACGCCAAAUAAUUGACGAUGAAACUAAAUGUGAUAUCAAUGAAACAUGGAAGAAAAUAUUUCAGGUUCUAAUGCUAUGCGGCAAAAUUUUGCGAUGGGAAACAUUUUUGCCCUUCAAUAAAACUUGGGGACAAAAUGUUUAUUGGGAUAAACUUAUAGAAAUUGUUUCUAUAAGCCAAGCAGGAAGCACUCAAGUGCUUUUCUAUGCUACCACUUUAUUCAUUUACUCAUUGCACUGCUACAUAAAAAAUUGUUAUACGCGGGCCGAAGAUACUGAUAUAAAUCACGUUUUGGUUGAAGGUUUUACAGUUGACUGGAAGGUGGAAGCUUCAGACGUUCAAAGUAUGGAACCUCCUCAGAUUUCUUUAACUACUCCAACAAGCAAAGAUAUAUCUAAAGCUUUCGUUCAUGCGGCGCAAUGCUGGCAACUUUUGAACACGGAGCAAUUCCAACGCGAUUUCAGCAAACUCUUACUCACAUUACCCCUGGCUGCAUGGAUAUCACGAUUCCUGUUUGAUUUAGCAAUAUAUUUCGGACACCAGGAAGAGGCCAAAAAAUUGAUGUCGGAGAUGAUGGUGACUAGUAAUUUGGUACAAAAUUUACAAUUAUUAAGCUUAAAUUUGCUGCAAGGAAAUUUGACGCUACAAGGAUUCGAAUGCAUUGUUAAAAUUAUUGGCGAAUUACCAACAACGCAAGGACAUAUCCUAGAACAUUUAACGUUGAAGGUACCACGGCAUAUGAUAUUUAUACCAUUGACACAAAAGGCAUUAGUACAAUAUUGUACGAAAGCUAUUGUAAAUAUGCUGAGUCGGAAACUCUACGAACCGAAUUGUCCGGAUCAAAUACUUGGUGAUUUGCUGGUAUUAUUACAACUUGAAUACCCACGUGAAACACUUAUGGCAGAACAAAUAUUUGCACUUAUAACGACGCGAGGGUCUUUCGCAUAUCGCUUAUUUACUACGUACAUAGUAACAAUCGAUUUUAUCGAAGAAUUUAUGCACAUAUGGAAUGCAAACAAUGAAAACUUUGCUUUUGACUUGUCGCUCACACAAGGCGGCUCAAGCAUUUGUCGAGUUGGUACACGAGGUGCGGACAAAGGGGCGCGAGAAGAUUUUCGAUUAAUUGUAAAACAACAGAUAACAAGAGCAAACGAAACACUUACUACGUUAACCGCCAAUUUUAUUGCACAGGAGCAUAUGCAAUUAGUCCAAAAUAUGUUUGGUGUAACAGUAACUGGUGAAGGAUUUUAAUUUCCUUUUCGUUGUCUUAUUUUAAUUGUAUUUGUUUAAGUUAAGCAUAGUAGUAUUUCAAUUUCUAAUUAUUUUUUAAAUUAAAAAACAUAUAUUCUUCUACGAACUAUA